UUUCAGCAUCCCAGCACUCCGGAGCAGCGCGCUCACAGAAGCAGAAUAACGAGCUGAUUUCAUGCGACGAGGUUUAAGAAUUAAAACAAACAAAACUUUGCGUUUAGUUUGAUUUAACUUUUUAAAUGUAAUUUUUUUUGUAAGAGUUCACAGUGGAUUUUUUUGCUGGAUGCAUGAUGUAACACGAUGCUGGAUGCGAUGAUCGAUUCCUGUCCGGACAGGAGGCACCGCGCGCACCUUUACGCACGCACGCAGGGCUCGCAGGAUGGACAGUGGACGCACGUUCUGUCAUGAAACGCUGCACGCGAGGAACCGGGCUCCUCCAACCCUGAACUUCUGGGACUCCAUCAUCCAGAUUUCGUGCUUUUUUUWAAAAACCCUCCUCGUUUUGCAAAAAGAGCGAAGAAAAUAAAUAAGUAAAUAAAAAAAUGAGCGAAAACUGCAAACCUGCCAAAGAGCAGGGCUCCGCGCAAAACCCUCCGACGGAUGUGAUCGAGCUGAACGUGGGUGGGCAGGUGUAUUACACGCGCCACGCCACCCUGACGGGCUUUCCGAACUCCCUGCUCGGGAAGCUCUUCUCCAACAAGAAGGGCUCCACGAACGACUUGUCGCGGGACCUCAGAGGACGCUUCUUCAUCGACAGGGACGGCUUCUUGUUCCGAUACGUGCUCGACUACCUCAGAGACAAGCAGGUGGUCCUCCCCGACCACUUCCCGGAGAGGGGCAGGUUGAAAAGAGAGGCGGAGUACUUCCAGCUGCCAGAGCUGGCCAAACUUUUGUCCGCGGACGAGUCCAAACUCUUCCCGGACGACCUGUGCUUCAGCGACCGGGACGACGAGUCUCAGGGCGGCGAGCAGAGGUUCUACCCGUCCCACUCCCUGGACAGGAGGUACGGCUACAUCACGGUGGCGUUCCGAGGCAGGGAAGGCCAGGGCGACUCCAGGGCCAAGAAGUUCCCGCGGAUCUUCAUCAGCAGCAGGAUCGGCUUGGCCCAGGAGGUGUUCGGAGACGCGCUGAACGAGAACCGGGACGCGGACAGGCCGCCGGACCGCUACACCUGCAGGUUCUACCUGAAGUUCAAGCACCUGGAGAGGGCUUUUGACAUGCUGUCGGAGUGCGGCUUCCACAUCGUGGCCUGCAACACGUCCCUGACCGCGUCCUCCUCCGGGGGCCAUUACGCGGAGGGCAGGGUCUGGUCCAAUUACGCACAGUACAUCUUCUACCGUGGGCCCUCACAGUGGUCGUCCUCGCACUGCGACUGCUUCUGCAAGAGCCACAAGAGCGAGCGCGAGGGAGAGAGCGGCACCUCUUUCAACGACCUCUCCACUUCUUGCUCCGAGACCCAGUCGGAGGCCAGCUCCCCGCAAGGGACCGUGAUCUGUGGGCCCGUGAGCCGGCAGGCCAACAUCCAGACGCUGGACCGCCCCGGGCCCAAGGGCCCCGUGCACAUGCUGCACCAGGCCGAGAUGCGCCGCAAGACGGACGGGCUCCGCGUGCGAACCUUCGGCGUGCGCGAGCGAGAGGCCUCAAAGAGGAAAGCCAACAAGGAGAAGAUGACGCCGGAGCAGGAGCUGGAGAAAUGCAUCCAGGACUUCCGGCGCAUCAGGAUCCCCGAUCGCUUCCCUGAGAGGAAGUACAUGUGGCAAUCGGAGCUGCUGAGGAAGUACCGUCUAUAAGUCUGAAGUGGAAAAAAAAGCUAAUAAAAAAGAUAGAGACAAUGCUGAACUAUCACUACACAGCCUGUAAAGAGGAUUGAAAUGCAUAUGGCAAUACACUGCACACUCUAAGACACAAUCUGUACCAGGAAAAAAAAAAKACACACAACAACCCAAAGCACAUGCAGUACAAAGCAGAGAAGUUAUUGAUUUAUAACGUUUGCACAGUGUCGUGUUCAGUAUGCACGUGUGUAAAUCCGAAUGAGGCUACAAACAAAAGACACAAUGCAGGUUUGAACAUCACCAACAACAAAGAAACCUCAGGGGAACCAUCGUUUCAGUUCACCAACCUAUCACACUGUGUGUGCUGUAGCUGUUUUUAAAACCCGAUGUAACCAGAUGGUGCUGCGAGGACGCGACAGAAUCUCCCUGUACUUCACCGAGAACACACACGUAUGUUAAGUAUGCUUUGGCAACAGCACUGCAUGUCAUUUCACCUUUAGCAUAAAAUGUGCAAUACUGAACCAAGUUUCAAUUCAUCCAAUGGGUAUAAAAAAAUGAGGGAGAGUUGAGAGGAGCACUGCCUGGAUCUGUUUGCCAACGUAGAACUCUUUGUCUGAUGUUGUCAUUUUGUGUUGGUUAGACGGUUUACUGUAGGACAAAGAGCCAAUCCAUAUCGGUCCAAUUCAUGAUUGUAAGUGUGCUGAAAAAAAUUCAAAAGCAAAUAAAGGGUUAGAAUUAUACCUGA